UUGUGCGCUGAUAGUUUUUUUAAUGCGCGUUUAUUUCCUACACUUAGAACUAUCAGGCGUACCACAGGAACCGAUUAGCGCAUAUCAGGCCUGGAGCUGCACAGUGGUGAAUAUACGUGCAGGCUGCAGUUCAUAUAUUAAAGGUGCACAUUUACAAGGGUCAGUGUUCAGCACAGUGAUGAGUGCAGCGGCGCGGGCAGCAACAGCAGGAGGGUCAGUAUCGCUGCUGUCACGGUUCCGCGGAGCUCUGUGCGGGGCUGUGGUAGGUGAUUGUGUUGGGGGAGAAUUUGAAGGAGCUGAGGACGUUCCGUUGGAUCGAGUUCUUCAGCAUCUAAACGGACUGGAGCAGGAAACACGAGGAGAUGGAAUACUACUGUACAGUGAUGACACAGCCAUGAUGCGCUGCGUGGCCCAUUCACUUCUGACCAGAACAAGGUUUGACGAACAAGACAUGGCUCGCAGAUUUGCAAAGGAGUACAGCCUCGCCCCUGGCCGCGGUUAUGGAUCAGGAGUUAUUCAGGUCCUGCGGAAGCUUUCCUCACCUCAGCUCAGUGAUGUCUUUCAGCCUGCACGAGCUCAAUUUAGUGGACGAGGGUCAUUCGGCAACGGUGGGGCAAUGAGAGCUGCACCCUUUGCCCUUGCCUUUAGAAAUGCUGCAGACGUGCGGAUGUACUCGAGGCUUGGCGCGAUGCUUACCCACUCCUGCUCUCUGGGCUACAAUGGAGCUGUAUUGCAGGCCCUGGCAGUUCACUUGUCUAUGCAGGGCACCCUCACUGAACCACAAGAAUUCAUCAAUAAACUCAUCUCAGAAAUGGAGGACGUGGAGAAAGACGAGACAGCUCAGCGUGAUGCCAAAGCGCUUAGAUUAGCAGAAUUUCCAUAUUGUGCACGUUUGCAUAAGGUGAAAGAGCUCAUUGAGCAGAACAGUGUAAGCAUUGAAGAAGUCAUAUCAAAACUAGGAAAUGGCAUUGUAGCACUGGAGUCUGUUCCCACAGCCAUUUUCUGUGUGCUGCAUUGUUUGGAACCCCGAGAAGGUCUGCCAAAGCACUACGGUGGGCUAGAAAGGACAAUAGCCUACAGCUUAGCCCUAGGAGGUGACACAGACACAAUUGCAUGCAUGGCUGGUGCCAUUGCAGGUGCCCACUAUGGCAUCGAUGCCAUUCCUCAGAGCUGGCUAAAGAGCUGUGAAGGGGUGGAGGAAGCUGAGCACCUGGCAGAGCGUCUUUAUAAGUUCUACGACUUCACACAGGCACAGGGGGGCGGCAGCGGUCAGCAUUCACAAGACACCAGUCAGAAGUAACUGGCAAAUACUAACUGAUAUACUGUAGAACAUUACACAUGUACAAAUACUCAAACUAUCUGACACACAAGCACCUAUCAGCAGCACAUACAGUUGUUAACUCUGCUUGUUUAAAUGGUUGGAUUAUGUUUGGUGUAUUUGUUGUGCAAAAAUGUUUUACAAUAAAAGAAUAAACUUGA